AUGGAUAUGAAUAUUGGUAUAGACAGUAAACCACGAACUCGACGAGGACGUCGUCGCUUUACUGAUCGACUGGUCACAUUGGCCGGUGACCGCAAUGAUGACAUCAACGAUCCCACCGAUUCCAACAUAACUCUGAAUGUGCGUGUAAAGGAACGGGAAAAUGGCGGUACUAGAAAAGGUCCAGUGGGAAGCAUCUUCAAAGAUACACCUACUACUGCUAUCAAAAAUCUUUUCCGCAAAGAUUCCAGCCACGAUCUAAAAGACACUAUCAAACGCCCUCUUACAGGGCUAUUUCGAGGGCCAAGUUUUCGACCAAAUUCGAAACUUAGAACAAAAGGUGAGAACAAAACGGAAACAGAUAUUUCUGCACCCGGAACUUCGAAUUAUGGAAAUGAACACACCGUUUCUCAGAGCUCGGAGACACCGUGUUUCGAAGGGGUUUUACAUGAUCUUGCUAAUGCUCCAAGCAUAAACGUCAAUCAAAUAUCACCAAUGUAUCAACUCGAUUUUAUGAAUGCGAAGAAUACUUCACUUGUUAAAUUGGAUGAUAUAGAUUUAUCACUUCUGUCACGAUUUUUGUGUCUAAAAGAAGUGAAUGAUGAGAAAGUAUCUUGGACAUGGGACUACCUUUUCGCCAGUGUGAAUACAGAAAUGCGUGACGAAUGGGCACAGGACGAGGAACGUGAUGGUGAUGAUCGCGAAAAUGAAAAUCUAAUCAAAUAG